UACCAACUGUAUAUUUCUAUUCAGACAUGACGUCAAUCCAAACCCCUCCCCUUUCACGUUCUGGCUCCUCCCCCUCCACCGGGGGUCUGGCAAAUCGCACUACACCUUCGGCUACUCCUCCCACCUCUCUUAGUCUGCGCUCAUCCUACAACCAGCUGCUUGGCCGUGACGUCAUCAAGGAAUCGAUGGAAACCGGGAGCUCGGCCACCUUGCCUAAGAGCCGUCAGAGGCACGCAAUGACAAGUGUGCGGAGUGCCAUGGGGAUAAGUGACAAUCUGGCUUUGUCGUCCAAGUACCAACCUCUUACCAAAGGAAGAGGACUUCCCACCAAGUCCUCAUCCAGUUCUGCCCUUUACUCCUCCUCUUCUUCAUCCUCAUCAUUCUUUAAUACAACUAACCCCAAAUUGGCGAAGAAUGGAGCAAACAUGCAGAGGCGAGCGGAGAGCCAGCAGCUACAGCUGAGCAGGGCCAAUACUGUGGACAAAAUCCACAAUGACCUAUUCAAUAAUCCUUCUUCGGAUUGGCUAGAGUUUGGGAAAGACAACUCCCAACUUCCUCCAUUUCGUAGAAGAACCAAAAGCUUUUUGGAAUAUCAUGGCAAGUGUUGGGAUUUGGACCCAAGUUGGGAAAACAAAGAGCUCAAGGAGGAAGAGAAGCAGCCACCUUCAUCAGAGAAGGAACAGGAUAGUCCGGCCAAAGAGAGAGAAAGUCAGAAGGAGGAAAAGUCCACUAGCAAACAAAACUGCCAAGAGGAAAAGGAUAAUGUGGAACGUGUGAUGGAGGAAGAUGAGGAGGAAGAUGAGCCCACCCCAACGCCAAGACAGCCCCUGCUGCCAGUGGUGGUUGAAGCACCCCUUUCCUCCACCUCCUCCUCUUCAGCAAACAGCCCUGAGUGGGUGCCAGACAACCUGAUUCCCCUUCAGAAUAAAACCAAGGCACCAAUCCGAGAGGAACUAUGUCCCCAAAUCCAGGCUAGUCCACGUAGUCCCGCAAAGCCACCUCGAAGCUCCCAGCCUCGGGUGAUCAAAGUGGAGCUGCACCCCAACAACGAGAACCAGUUUUUGCAACAGUACCCUACAAGUUCCCCAAAACAGGCCAGAGCUGCUGAAAGACACAACCCUACGAAGACCUGGGCAUCUCCCUCUCUGCAGGAACCUAAGUCAGAGACAGGCCUCCCUAGAGUCGGCCUCAAAAUGGAUAUGACUCCUGACACACCAUCGGAGGAUGAAGACUCUAGCUGGACCACCCUGUCCCAAGAGUCUCCGUCUCCACAGAGUCCAAAAGAGACAGCAGAUGUAUGGGCUGAGGGGGAUCUGCCCCCAGGCUGGCGGGAGAUCUCAGACACAUCCGAAGUCUAUUUCUGGCAUGUCCCAACUGGCACGACACAGUAUGACCGACCCAUCGCUUCUGCAAACCAAGAACUCGCUACAAACAAUGAGCCAGACUCUGAGCAUGACCCACAAAGAGAAACACAGGAUUCCCUCAAGCUACCGAAUGAGCGUCCCAGCAGUUUGAUAUCCGACAGCUCGGUGGAGCCGGUCCCCUCCCCGUCCUCUUCACCAUCCACUCCCUCCAAAGUUAUCUUCUCUCCAGAUCCGGUUGUCAGCUCCACCUCAUCCACCACGAAAGAGCUGAAGGACUAUCCAGUCUAUCCAGAUCCCAGUCUAAAAGCCUUUGAAGGAGCUACCCUUCGUUAUGCCUCUCUUAAGCUGAACCCUCCAGCUCAGCUUGAGACAGUGGACCUCAACAGUACUUUCUCUGACCCAGAUGCAUUGUCUUUUCCAGUUCGGUCUCUGGGCUGGGUGGAGAUGGCAGAGCAGGACCUGUGUGAGGGUAGGAGCAGUGUUGCCGUCCACCACUGCAUCAGACAGCUGUCCUACUGCAGGAGGGAUAUAAGAGACUCGGUCGGAGUCUGGGGAGAGGGUAAGGGCAUGCUGCUUGUGCUUCAAGAUCGCAUGUUAACUUUGGUUGACCCAGAUGAUCGCAGCUUGCUCCACUCCCAGCCAAUCAGCAGUAUCCGUGUCUGGGGGGUCGGACGGGAUCACGACAGAGAAAGGGAUUUCGCCUAUGUGGCCAGAGACAAAAACACACGGGUGCUGAAGUGCCACGUGUUUCGAUGUGAUACUCCUGCAGCCGCCAUCGCCACAAGUCUCCACGAAAUCUGCUCCAAGAUAAUGGCUGAAAGAAAAAAUGCAAAGGCUGCAGCCUGCAGCUCCUCCCAGAAUGGCUCUGAUGUGCCCUUACAGGAGUUCCCCAUGCCAAAGACUGAACUGGUGCAGAAGUUCCAUGUGUUCUAUCUGGGUGUGACAUACGUCUCUCGCCCAAUAGGUAUGGACAUUAUAAACGGGGCCAUAGAAAACCUCCUGUCAUCCACAGGAAAAGAAGAAUGGACCCCUGUUAUACUGAGUAUCGCUGACACCACGGUCGCUGUCAUUAAAGAGAAGGAAGAAGAAGAGGAGGUGCUGGUGGAGUGCCGCGUGCGUUUUUUGUCCUUCAUGGGCGUGGGACGGGAUGUGCACACGUUUGCCUUCAUCAUGGACACUGGGAAUCAGCACUUCCAAUGUCAUGUCUUCUGGUGUGACCCAAAUGCAGGCAGCGUCUCUGAGGCAGUGCAGGCAGCUUGUGUACUUCGGUACCAGAAGUGUCUGGUGGCAAGGCCGCCUUCUCAGCGAGCUGGCUCUUCCUCAUCUCCCUCCUCAGACUCAGUAACACGCCGAGUGACCACCAGUGUUAAACGCAGUGUCCAGUCGCUCAUAGACACUCUGAAACCCAAGAAACAGCCGUCGGAGCUUCCCCAAUGACCAUCGCCAAGUGUAUUGCACCCCACCCCAGCCUGGAUACCACUCUCACAGUCACCACCAAAACACUUAAUCCGUGCCAGACAUUGUAUUAAAUGAUGUACAGACAUUAUACCAACUAUAACAGCGGAUGAAGGAAACAGCCUGACCACCUUUGAAAAGAAAACUAACCCUGUCGAUGUGUGAAUGAAUGGAAGCUCACAUUAAUCUAAGAGCUUCGAUCUUUGCCCAGGAGAAAACAUCUCAAUUUUGUGGAUAUCUUCACUUGAUGGAUUACUUGAACUUUCGCUGGACAGAGAGGUCAACCCAGGCAGAAAAAAAAUCUAAUUUUUAUUCUCAGACUGCUUAUGAAGCAACUCAUUGGUAUUAUUCUUUUUUCCCCCCUCCAGUUCUGAGCUUGUGGACUUGGAUGAGCAGCAGUAGCCUUCAAGAAAAAAAUAAAUAAAUAAACAGACGUUGACUUGCUGUUGCUGCAAAAAGAUUUAAAUAUGGAUGACAAAAUCAUCCAAGAUCGAACAGACAAAAAACCUCAUCAGCUCACAUGCCCAACAAAUGUUAUAAAACUUGUCCAGCAGAGAGAAUAAUAGGACCAUUUCAUGUAGAAUGAAGUGAUUGUAUUAAUGCUGUGUACGUAAAUGACUUUAUUUAGAAAGAAAGGAAAUCGAGCACAAAAAUUUGUAGAUAAAUAUUAACGGUAAAGCUGAGAGAAUGGUAAGGAUAGAUGGGAGGAUUAGUUUGAUUUUGCAUGUUUUGUUAAAGGGGAAUUAUAAAAAUGAGUUUUGGAAAGAUAUGCAUAUUGAUGAGAAUACUUGUGAACACAUAAACAGAAAAAAAGAGAAAAUAGAAAUGCUUUCUGCAUAAUUUAUCUUCACUUGUCCAUAGAUUAACACUGGCACAAGAGCAUCCCACCCCUAACUGAAGAGCCUACUGCCCCGUGUGUAAAAAAUAAAUGCUAAGGAUUGUAUUUCUUUUCUUUAGCUACUUGAACGAAUAGCUUAAGAAAACAAAGUAGUUUUUAGUGCAUUUAGAGGCUUAAGAUUGUAAUUUUUGUUAUAUUAUAGAUAAAUGAUUUUAAUAUCUCAAGAAUGUUGAAUUGAUUCUGUUUAAACUUGACAAAAUGCUCAGGAAAUUGUAUGAGGAUUGCAACAGAGGCCAGAAAUUCCAGAUCCAGGCUUUUUUUUUUUUUUUUUUGGUAAAUGUGAAGAUUCUGUGGCCAAAAGUGUUUCUCAUUCUUCCUAUGGCCCAGAAAAAAAGAAAUAUGCACAAGCAGCAUAACUAUCGGAGAAAUUACCUGUAUUUUUAUUUUAAAAUGAAAAAUUAUAGCCAGUGCAUAUUCACAUGACGAUACACAAGCAAAUCCACAAACUCACAAAAUAUAAACAGUAAAGAAAAAAAAAUAUUUUUACAAAGCUACUUUAGCUUGGGACCAUCACCUGCACUCAGUGUGAGCUCUGUGAAUGGAGUCUAUUUUAAGUAAAAACCUCACAAAACAAACAAUAGAGAUGUGACCCAUUUCAUUUCUGUUUGUCAGCCACCUCUACACAGUGUAAAUGUAAUCUGUUGUGACAAUAAAUGCAUUAACAAAAUGAAAAAAGUAAGCAGCCUCUUGACUGGCUGGUGGAGUCCCUAGUUGCUCUUCAUUGUGAUCCAGUGAAGCCCGCUAUAUUAAAUUGCUGUAUGCAGUAAGACCAUAUUCUAACUGUAAAACAAAUGCAUUGUGAUCAUGGUAGAUAUUAUGAUGGUGGAAAUGAUUGCAAUGUCAUUGUUUUAAAUAUCUUCAAAAAGGAUCAUUUCAUUGUAACAUUUGCUGCAAAAUUUGGUCCUCUUCUUGUAAAAGUUGCUAUAAACAAAUAUCACCCAUAAUAUUAACUAA